CGCGCCUUCCCACCUGCGUUUUCCUCAGGAAGAUUUGGGAGAAACUUCUCAAACCGGCGAAACAGUCGCGACGAGCGCGUGAAAUCCAGAGGAGCAGGCCUGUGAGUGUGUGUGUGUGAGUGUGUGUUUUUGGACGACCCGGAGACGGACGGCGCUCUUCGGCCACAGAGAGAGAGGUUCACACAGCAGAAACCAGGAAUGGAGGAGCUAACGAUAUGGGAGCAACACACAAUAACUCUAUCCAAAGAUCCCAAACUGGGAUUUGGUUUUGCCAUAUCUGGAGGAAAGGACAAGCCGAGCCUGGAGAACGGGGACACGGCUGUGGUGGUGUCGGACGUUCUGCCAAAUGGACCAGCCAUGGGACGCCUCUUCACCAAAGACCAAAUCGUCAUGGUUAAUGGAGUGUCUAUGGAGAACGUCCACUCUAAUUACACUAUUCAGACCCUCAAGACAUGUGGCAAGAAUGCAAACAUAACAGUAAAGCGCCCUCGAAAGAUCCAGAUCCCAGCAACUACCAGCAGGCCAUCCCGGGCGGCGUCUCACUCCAAUCUGCUGGACUACGACCCUCCCAGACGAGCACGGCGCUACUCUGAUGGCAGCGACAACCGAGACCGCUAUCGUUACCGAGCCCGCAGCGCCUCGCCCGACCGCAACGGGCACGGAAACACACUGCCGCUGCUGUCAUCGGGUUACAAACGGCUGCCACACAACAACUUUGCAGACAAACCUUUGAAAACGACUCUGGUUAAAAAGAAAAUCAAUGACGAGUACGGAUUGAAGCUCGGCAGUCAGAUCUUCAUCAAACACAUGACAGAAACAGGUCUGGCUGCUAAGGAGGGGACGCUGCAGGAGGGAGACCUCAUCCUCAAGAUCAAUGGUAUGACGACGGAGAACUUGUCCCUGCUGGAGACCAAGCACCUGGUGGAGAAAAGCAGGGGCAAACUGACCAUGACGGUCCUCAGGGACGACCGUAAGUUCCUGGUCAGCAUCCCAGAGGUGGAAGACAGUCCUCGUAACAGUGAGGACGAGCGGCGCAGGGACAGCAGCUCGGAGCUGGAGGACAUUUCAGACAUCGAUGAUGACGGCCCCGCUCACCGGACGUCACGUCAGCCCAACAGAGAGAAACGAACUCGCAGAACAAGAGCCGAUCCGCCACCACCCAAGUCUCGGGAUCCUUCUCCUGUGCGCUCCACCUUGCCUCGGCCGCUCGCCACCAGAAGCUAUCCGUCCCGCAGAGCUCCGUCUGAUUCAGAGUCUGACCGCAGUGCUUCGCCCGUCAGGAGAGACACCGUCAAUUCGGACUCCAGGGAUCAUUCCAGCAAAUACAAACCUCUGCCGGGUUUGACCACCCUCCCCAAUCCCAGGUCCUCUCCAGUCCACCACAACUGGACCGCUCCUCGCUCCUCCUCCUCCGCCUCACGGCCCCGCAGGCCCGUGUCGGAGUCGGACUCGGACCGCAGCGCCUCCCCGCCUCCACGCCGCGAAAGCCCCCGCUCUGACAGAUACCGAGUCCUUCCUGACCUCUCCCACUCAGGGCUGAGAUCCUCCCCCAUCCCUGUUCGCCAGGAGCCACCAAGGAGGGUUAAUUCACCUGUCAGAGUCGGACGCCAAGAUUCUGAUUCGGAGUCGGACAGCGUCACUUCGCCUCCUGUGAGGCAAAGCACUACGUACAGUCAGGACUCUCUCAGCAGAUACAGAGUCCUGCCAGAUGUUUCCCUACAGCCACAGCUGGACCCGCCACGGCGGAGCGCCGCCAGCAGCACCCCUCAGAAAGCUCGCUCCGGGUCUGAAUCAGAGGCCAGCUACGCUUCUGUCCCCCGUAGAGAGUCCACCGACAGCGCGCCAUCCAACACGUCCAGAAACAGAUACAGAGUCCUGCCUGAGAAACUUCCUUCAGCCAACUUCAAGCAUGAGGCUCCUCGCCGCGCCCCGUCUCCCGUCAAACCGCCUCCUGAUGACUCCUCCGAGUCCGACGAGCUUUCACACCUCCGGCGGUCCGGGAGCUCAGAGCGCGAGGACAGUCGACGGAGAGUUGCCCGUCCGGCGAACGGAACCGCCACAGGCAGGUCGGGCAUUUCAGUGAUCAACAACCCGCCAGUCUACAACAAGCCCACAGAAGAACCCAUCUAUUCCCUCCCUCCCGAUUCCUAUCCCUCACCAAAUCCAGGAUACAGCUCUGAUUUGCGCACAGUAUCGUUUGUAAAGGAGCGUAACCUGGGCCUGAGACUGGUGGGAGGCAACGACGUCGGUAUCUUUGUGGGUGGAGUUCAGCCCAACAGCCCCGCGUACGAACAGAGAAUGAAAGAGGGGGACCAGAUCAUGCAGGUAAAUAAUGUUGAUUUUGGCCAUUUCACACGAGAAGAAGCCGCCCAAUUCCUCCUCCAGGUGAGGACAGGAAGUCAGGUGGAAAUCCGCACACAGAACAAGAUGGAUCUUUAUAAGAAGAUCAUAAAGUCCAACCUUGGAGACAAUUUCUACAUCCGUACCCACUAUGACCGUGAGCCGGAGGGCCCCAUCGACCUGGGCUUCACGAGAGGGGAGGUGUUCAGGGUGGUGGACACAAUGCACCGCGGGAAGAUCGGCAACUGGCUGGCCAUCCGCAUGGGGAACGACCUGCGCGAAAUGGACAAAGGCACCAUCCCCAACCAAGAAAAAGCGGAGAAACUGGCCCGCCUGGAGCAGGCGCAGCGGCCCAGCGGAGAGAGGCAAGUCUCGGGCCCCAGAGCUGAAUUCUGGAAGCUUCGGGGGCUCCGAGGGAAUAAAAAGAGUGAAAAGAGUGACAGAAGGACCCGUGACGACCUGUUGCAGCUCACCAUUCAGGGAAAGUUCCCGGCCUACGAGAGAGUCCUGCUCAGGGAAGCUAAUUUUAAGCGACCCAUCGUCAUUCUGGGUCCUCUUAAUGACAUCGCCAUGGAGAAGCUGGCCAGAGAAAUGCCGAUGGAAUAUGAGGUGGCAGAGAUGGUUGCUCGCAGUGGAGGAGGAGACAGUGCCUCCACCGUCAUCAAACUGGACACUGUGAGGAAGAUAGCAGAGAAGGACAAGCACCCCCUGCUGGACAUCACUCCAACUGCAGUGGAGAGGCUCAACUACAUCCAGUACCACCCCAUGGUGAUUUUCUUAGAUCCGCACAGCCGGAAGGACGUCAAGGCCAUGAGGCAGGAGUACGACCCCAAAUCCAACAAGAGCUCCAGACGCCUCUAUUCACAGGCCCUCAAGAUGAGGAAACACUGCAGCCACCUCUUCUCAGCUCGCGUCGACCUACAGCCCGGCUCCAGUGCUUGGUAUAAGACUCUCAAGGAUAAGAUCCGCCACCAGCAGUCCAAACCUGUCUGGGUGUCUGAAGUCACGCUGGAGAGUGGUGGAGAGCAGGAUUUAGACGCUCUGGACCAAACCCAGACGGACUACCUCAGCGCUGCCAGUGACCUGGAGGACACCGACGGAGAGGCCUUCACCGACGGGGAGGCUUACACCGACAAUGAGGAGCUGGAGGAGUCCUACCCAGGCCAGGACAUAGCCCGCCGCAUCGAAGAGUCCCGGAGGAUGGGAGCCGCUUUAGCUCGAUCUUCUGAGCCGGCCAUGGAACCCGAGGACCGCGGCGAAAGAGAAAUCCCGCCGCUCAUGCACGUCCCCGAGCCCAGGUCGCUCCGCCGGGGAUCUGACAGCCCGCAUGGCAGCGCCGCAGAGGAGGAGGAUCCCGCCCAGCGCAGCUUCUCGGACUCAGACUUCAGUGCCGGCGAUGUGGUGGCACCCACCACGCCGUCAGAUGGACCGCCGGACUUCAGACCUCCUGAUCCCUCCAGUCGGUACGCGGUGAACGAGCCCUCAGACAGCGAGAGUUUCCACCCUGCCAGUCUGUCGACCAUCGAGGAGAAGUUACAGCAGACUCAGGCAGCAGAGCCACAGGCGCAUGUCGAGGAAAAGAAAGGCCCGCAGUUCAUUGUGCUGGCACAUCACCACCAGGCGGUCCAGUUCAGACGCACUCAGAUUCGAGGAAGUGACAGCUCCGACGAUGAAGAGGAUGAGGAGGAGGAUGACUUUGAAUGGGGCCCUGCCACUGAACUGUAGACACACACACUCAGGACUAAAGCUGCGACCGGCUGAUCCGACAAGGACAUAAAUUGUUUCACUCCUUCAACAAGUUUGUGUUUUUGGAUCAUUCUGUGAUUUUUGUUUUGAUGUGUUUAAGAUGUGAGGAGGUCUCUACUGAUGGUGCACAACAGCUGACACUACUUAUUUUGACUUUCAACAGCAAAACUGUUGGGUCACAAACGAAAAAUUGUCAGAUGAAUGCUACGAUCAAAGUGCCGUACUUUUUUUUUUAACUUUUAAACCGUCUGUGGAAGAAAUCUGUGCUUGUUUUUAUUGUUGACCUGAUUUACAAAUGGUAGUUUCACUGGAAAUCAUAUUCACGGCAUUUACAUGGACGUGUGUGAGAUGCUUGGCUGGAUCACGGUUUCUACAUUAAAGUGUUUUUCUUUUUUUAUCUUUUUAACUUUUUUUUUAACUAUCGGUACACAUUUUGUCUAUUCUCAUCUACAGUUUCUAAAAUUCAUCACUGGAUUACCACAUCAAAACACAAUAUUAAAGCUCAUAUGAAUGUCAUUAUUGCUGCUAUAAUCACUUCAGUUUAAACAUAUCAAAGUACACAAGGAAAGAGAUUAAAAUGAAUACAGCAUUGAUGUAACAUGUAAAUCACCCUUUUUUUUUUUCUUUUUUUGUUCUAUGUAAUUGUUGGACACCAAAAUGAUAUUGUGUUUGUUUGAUUUGGUCUUUUUGUUUUUGUUUUUUUUUCAACACAUUUGGAAAAUGAACUACAAAAAUGCUUUGUCAACAAAAAUGUAUUGUGUUACUUUUUGUUUUGUUUUUUUAUGAUUGUGUAAAUUUUGAUGCCUUUGAAAUAAAUUUAAUGAACGGAGGCUGUGAUAAGAGGCUUACAACUUGCUUUUUUAUCAGCCAUGGUCACAAAUACUAUACAUUAAUUCACUGUGUUAAUUGAAAUGAACAGUGUUAUAAGACUACAUCAAAAAUGCAUGGUGAUGGAAUAAAAUGGCAAAAAACAAACACACAAAGACAUAAAGUUAAUCAAAAAUCCACAUAGAAGAGCAUUAGCAACACUCAGGUUCUUAUUAAUUUUUAUUGCUGUUUUUCAUUGUUCCAUAUUUGUUUUUAACUUUAGCUUUUUUCUGAUUUGAAAUUCAGUAAUAUAAAGUGAACAAAAAAUAAAACGUAUUAUUGCAAUGGAAAUACCCCAGUUCCAAUCUGGGGUUUAGCCAGAGUUUGUAUGUUCUCCCUGUGGACAUGUGUUUUUUCUCUGGAUAAUCCGAUUAUAUCCCAUAAUAUAAAAACAUGCAUUCAUCAGUUCAGUUUUGGUUUGUUUGUGGAUUGUACCUAUAACCACAGAUAAUUAUUGAUUUUUAACCAGUCUGCUGAUGAGCUUCAGAUUAGAUAUAAUCAAAAAUAUAAGGAAAAGAAGAAAAAAAAAUCCACAAGCUACAAGAUGAUGUGGAUAUUUACAGUUUUACAAUACAUCCUCAUGGAGUUUCUCAGUUUUCAUAACUUUCUGUGGAUACUUGAUUUUUUUUUUUUUUUAUUCCGCAGUAUAAAAAAAUACAUCUUUGGUAAAAAUAUCUAUAGAUGUAUAAAUUUGCACUUUUGAAAUAGCACUUAUACAUUUCUAAGCUUAAAGUUGAUUAAAGUUACUUGCACUCGUUGUCCCAGAUGUCCAGGGUGUUUAAUGAAUCCUACCUUUAUUCAAUGCCAGCAUCAGACUGACACACAUUUGUGAAUGCGCUCUGCAUCAAACUAGCUUCUUGUUUCCGAAGUCGGAGCCAAACAUGUGGAAUCUGUAAUUAGUUUUUAUAUCGUGGAAAAUUCUUAAGAAUGAGCACAGCGCUGAGUUAUUUUGAAAAUAAAACUGUUUUGUGUUGCUUCAGUCUUUUCACAUUUCUGUUUUAAUGUUGUUUUUAUGAUUCUGAUUUUCUAUUCCCUCGCGUUUUCUGUUUCUUGUUCUUUCGUCAGUGCAAAUCACUAUGAACUGUCUCUGCUGAAAUGUUCUGUACAAAUAAACGCGUCUUGUCCGUCUGAGUUAAAUAA